UCCCCCCGCCGCCGCCCCACCAGCUCCGCUCCCCCGCGGGCCGCCCCGGCUGUGCCCCCAGCGGGGACGGGCGCGGUCCCGGGCGGCUCCUGCUCCGGGCCAAGGCAGAGCCCGGCUGCGCUGCGCGGGGUGGCGCGGGGCCCCCCAUCCCCGUGCGCCCUGCGCCCUGCCCCGCGCUGCCGCCUGGCUCUGCCCCGGGGGCUCCCUCCCCCCAGCGAAACGUUACAGGGCGGGACCCGAUCCGGCCCGUGCCCCGGCCCCGAUCCGGCCGCCCUUCGCCCCGCGCUCCGUGCGCCUGGCUCCGGGCGCUCGGCCCAUGGCGCGGCUGCCCCUGGCCCUUUGGCUCGGGCUGGCGGCGCUCUCCCUGCAGGCCCCGCCGGGCCCCGAGCUCCCCCCGCUGCACUACGGCGAGAACGUCAUUGACCUGCUGGAGGCACUGAACGUCACCCGUUCCGUCCGGGGCGUCAGCAGGGCCGCGGGCCCCGAGCCGGGCGUGCCGGCCUGGAAGUUCCGCCAGCGGGUGCCCCACCUGACGCUGCCCUGGGACUACGCUGUCUACCUGCUGGCCAGCUCGCAGGGCGCCCUGGGCUUCCACUUCGUGGCCAGGCAGAGCCGGGGCUCGGCGGGCACCCUCAUCUCCCUGGUGUCUCCAGCUGCCGCCACGCGGGACGGGCGCCCGCUGCUGCAGCUGGCAUCCAGCGCCCGCGCCAACCAGCUGCGUCUGGACUACCGCGCCGAGCCCAGCAUGGAGCCCGCCUCACUGCUCUUCCCCGGAGGCAGCCCCUUCGCCCGGGGCCGCUGGGCCCGGCUGGCCGUCGACCUGCAGCCCCACCGCCUGGCGCUCUUCGUGGACUGCCGCCCGGCCGUGCUCCUGGAGCGGGGUGGCCCGCGGGACACGCUCAGCCUGCUGCUACCCCUCGACCUGCAGAUCACCUUCGCCAGCCUGCCCGGGGACGCAGCCAGCAAGUUUCUGGGUUAUUGGCAGACGGCUGAGAUCUCCCCCAGCGGGUUCCCACGCCGGCCGUGGCACUGCGAGAACCUGGCAGACCCCUUCCCCAUGCCGUACACCCUGGCGGAGGAGGGGGACCUGGCCGAGCCCCCCUUUGAUCAAGGAUCCCCCCUGGCCCCAGAGCCGCCAGCCCUCGCCGACAUCCGCAACUACCAGCAGCAGCCCGGCGAGCCUGAAUUCCCGCCCCCGGGCGCCCUGGAAGAGAGGGUGCAGCAGCUGGAGGAACUGGUAGAUGGAUUCGGGGCCAUGCUGGACAUGGUCAAAGCGCAGAGCUCGGAGCUGCUGGCCCGCGUGAAGUCCCUGGAGAGCUGCGAGUGCCGGAGGCCGGCGUGCGUGUGGGAGGGGACGCAGCGCGAGGACGGAGCCACCUGGGACAAGGACGACUGCACCACCUGCAUCUGCCUGCAGGGGGAGGUGCGGUGCUCGGCGCGCCAGGACCGCCCCCAGUGCCUAGGCUGUGAGUACGACGGGCAGCGGUACCAGGACAGAGACGUCUUCCUGGCGCCAUCCAAUUCCUGCAUGAACUGCUCCUGCUUGGACGGGAACGUCCAGUGCUUCCGACUCGUCUGCCCGCAGCUCCACUGCGCCACCCAGGAGGAGGUGCCCGGGGCUUGCUGCCCCCGCUGCCAGGGCUGUGUGGAUGGAGCCGCCCGGCGGGAGCACGGUGAGGAGUGGGCGCCGCGUGCAGACCCCUGCCAGAGCUGCCGGUGCUUGGAUGGCCGCGCCGUGUGCAGGAAGAGGCAAUGUGCCAGGCUGUGCCGCCACCCUGCCAGCCCCCGGCCGGGCACCUGCUGCCCCGUCUGCGACGGCUGCUCGCUGGAUGGCCGGGAGUUUGCCAGCGGGGAGCCGGUGCCCAGCGGGGAGCCCUGCACCCAGUGCGCCUGCUUGAGCGGGAACGUGUUGUGCAAACCCACUGGCUGCCCGGCUGCCCCCUGCUCGGAGCCCGUCCGGAGACCUGGCGAGUGCUGCCCGCGGUGCCAGGACUGCCUCUACGACGCCCAGCCCGUCCCGCACGGCGCCGUCUUCACCCCCCCGCAGGAGCCCUGCCUCCACUGCCGCUGCCAGGCCGGGGAGGUGUCGUGUGAGCGCCUGGAGCAGAGCUGCCCGCCCACACCCUGCAGUCACCCGGGCACCGCCCAGGGCCAGUGCUGCCCGGCCUGCCACACGUGUGAGUACGAGGGGCACCCGUACCGGCACGGAGAGACCUUCAUGGCCCCGGGCCACGGGCCCUGCGUGCGGUGCACCUGCUCGGCUGGGCACGUGCAGUGCCAGGAAGAGGGGUGCCCCCCCGUGCCCUGCGCCCAGCCCAUCCGGGACCCCCAACGCUGCUGCCCCAUCUGCAAAGUGUGCGUGCUGGCUGGGGAGGAGUUCGAGGAGGGGGCGCAGUGGGAGCCGGACGGGGACCCCUGCACCACCUGUACCUGCCUCGCCGGAGAGCCCGUCUGCGGGGCCCCACCGUGCCCGCCCAUCGCCUGCCAGCACCCCGCCCGGCUGAGCGGGGACUGCUGCCCAACCUGUGCCCAGUGCGCCUACCACCAGCACGUCUACGCCAACGGGCAGACCUUCGCCGACCCACACAGCCCUUGCCAGCACUGCCAGUGCACGGCUGCAGUGUGGAGGGGGCCGCGGUGGCAACGGGCGAGCGGUUCCCCAGCCCGCGGGACCCCUGCCAGCUGUGCAUCUGCACCGACGGGGUCGUCAGCUGCUCCUCCCGCGACUGCCCUGGUGCCCUGUGCGCCCGCCCCCUGCCCGGCUCCUGCUGCCAGAACAACUGCAAUGGCUGCAGCUACGGGGGGAAGGAGUACCCCAACGGUGCCGAGUUCCCACACCCCACGGACCGCUGCAAGCAAUGCCACUGCCUCAACGGCAAUGUUCAGUGUCUGUCACGGCGCUGCCCCCCCCUGCUCUGCGCAGAGCCCAUCCUGGUGCCCGGCGGGUGCUGCCCCCAGUGCCCAGAGCCCCCGGCUGGCUGCCUCUACGCGGGCGUCUCCUACCAGCACACGCAGCGAUUCUACGACCCCUCGGACUCCUGCCGCCACUGCAUCUGUGCCAACGGGACCGUCACCUGCCAGCGCCAGCCUUGUGCCCCCGUUCUCUGCACCCACCCCCUGCGGCAGGACUGCUGCCGCUCCUGUGAUGCAGGACAGCUGCCUCCUACAACAGGAACACCUCCCGACGGCCCCUGCCCCACGUCUCUGCUCCUGCCCCGCUCUCGUGCCCAGUGCCAUCGCCCGCUCUGCCCCCAGGCUGCCUGUACCAGGGGAAGGAGCUGCCCAACGGGGAGCAGUUCCCGGACCCCGCGGAGCCGUGCCGCAUCUGCACCUGCUGGGAGGGCAGCGUCUCCUGCCAGCCCAGGGCCUGCCCGCUGCUCCAGUGCCCCUUCCCUGCCCGGGGGCCGUGCUGCCAGGCUGCGAGUACCUGGGCGAGGGUUACCUCGAUGGCCAGGAGUUCCCAGACCCCCAGGACGCCUGCGGCCGCUGCGCCUGCCUCCGCGGCUUCGUCACUUGCACCAAGACGCCCUGCGACCCGCCAGGCUGUCGCCACCCCACCAGUCCCCCCGGCAAGUGCUGCCCCGUGUGCCAGGGCUGCCACUUCCAGGGUCAGGACCUCGCGGACGGAGAGACCUUCCCGGCCCCCGGCGGGCGCUGCGAGCAGUGUCGCUGCCUGCAGGGAGAGGUGUCCUGCGGGCCCCUGUCCUGCCCUGGGGUGAAGUGCUCCCACCCGGCCGUGGGCCCCUGCGACUGCCCCAUGUGUGACGGCUGCAGCUUCCACGGGCGAGCAUGCAGCAACGGAGAGCGCUUCCCCGACCCCCAUGAUGCCUGCCGCCUCUGCUCCUGCCUGGAUGGCAGCGUGACGUGUGUGCCCGCGCCGUGCUCCCCCGCCCCCUGCCGGAACCCUGUCAACCUGCCCGGCCAGUGCUGCCCCCAGUGCUCCGGCACCUGCCACUACCAGGGCCACCUUUACGAGAGCGGGACCACCUUCCGCCCCCCGGCGGGGGACCCCUGCUCCACCUGCACCUGCCUGGACGAAGCAGUGACGUGCCAGCGCGAGCCCUGCCUGCAGCAAUGCACCCACCCCGUGCCACCCGCCGCCCCCUCCUGCUGCCCCGACUGCAACCGCUGCCUCUUCGAGGGCCAGGAGCUCGCCAGCCGCCAGGCCGUCACCCCGCCCUCGGACCCCUGCCAGCGCUGCCGCUGCCUGCAUGGCAACGUGCUCUGCACCCCCGUCCUGUGCCCCCAGGCCGCCUGUGCCAGCCCCGUCCGGCGCCCGGGCCACUGCUGCCCUGAGUGUCCAGUGUGCCGGCACGGGGGGCAGGAGUAUCCCGAGGGCUCGCACUGGCCGUCCCCGACGGACCCCUGCCAGCGGUGCUCCUGCGCGGGCGGGGACGUGCUCUGCGUGAAGGCCCCGUGCCCCCCACUGACGUGCACCCACCAGGUGAUAGAGCCCGGGGACUGCUGCCCCCGCUGCAAAGGCUGCAUGUACGACGGGCAGGAGCACGCCAACGGCACCAGCUGGUUCUCCUCCCCCUGCGUGUCCUGCCUGUGCACCCAUGGCAUCGCCACCUGCGCCCAGAUCCGCUGCCUCGGCUCCUGCCUCCGCCCCGUCCAGGUGCCCGGGGAAUGCUGCCCACUGUGUGCAGACUGCGUGUUCGAGGGCCGGCCAUACAGCCCCGGGGAGAGCUUCCAGCCGUCGCUGGACCCCUGCGAGAUCUGCACCUGUGAGCUGCUGGCGGCCGGGGGGCUGCACGUACGCUGCUACCACAGACAGUGCCCCAGCCUGGUGGGCUGCCCCAGGAGCCAGAUCCAGCCGCCCGGGCCGCACCACUGCUGCCCCACCUGUGCCCAGGCCUUGAGUAACUGCACUGCCGAGCUGGCCGGGAACGAGCUCCAGGUGGCCGACGACCCCUGUUACACCUGCCAGUGCAAGGAUCUCACGUGGGUGUGUGUGCGCCAGGGCUGUCCGCAGCUCAGCUGCCCCCUUGCCGAGCAGUUCACCCCCCAGGGCACCUGCUGCCCCGUCUGCGACGAGUGCGUGGUAGAGACUGGAGGGCGCCGGGUGUCGGACGGUGAGAGCUGGACGGACAGCGAGGGCGACUGCGUCAGCUGCACCUGUAAUCGGGGCCACGUGGAGUGCCACAUCGCAGAGUGCGAGCCCGUGGAGUGCCAGGGCGGCCUGCGGAAGGUGCAGAUGCCCGGCUCCUGCUGCUACGAGUGCCAAGACCCGGACGGCUCCUGCUCCUACCAGGGCCAGCAAUACCAGGCCAGCGAGCACUGGCAGGUGGACACCUGCACCGCCUGCACCUGCGUCUCUGGGGAGGUGCACUGCCGGAGCCAGCGCUGCCCCCCGCCCGCCUGCGCCGCGGAUGAGACGCCCGCGCUAACGCCAGGCAUGUGCUGCCCUCACUGCCUGCCCCGCCCCGCCACCUGCCUGGCCUUCGGCGACCCGCACUACCGCACCUUCGACGGGCGGCUGCUGCACUUCCAGGGCACCUGCACCUACGUCCUGGCCCAGGACUGCCAGGGGGGGGACUUCAGCAUCCACGUGACCAAUGACGACAGGGGUCGCCCGGGCGUGGCCUGGACCAAGGAGGUGACAGUGCGAGUCGGGGACGUCGUGGUGCAGCUGAUGCAGGACUGGCUGGUCAGGGUGGACGGCCAGGUGGUGACCCUGCCCUUCCUCAAGGAGCCCCACCUCUACGUCGAGCGCCAAACCAACACCGUCCUGCUCAACACCAACAUCGGGGUGAAGGUCCUGUGGAGCGGGCGCUCGCAACUGGAGGUCAGCGUGCCCGGCACCUACAAGGGGCACAUGUGUGGCCUGUGCGGCGACUUCAACGGCCACCCGCAGGACGACGCCCGCCUGCGCUCGGGGCAGCUGGCCCGCGCCGAGGCCGCCUUCGGCAACAGCUGGAGGGUGCAGAACGGGAACGGCACAGGCGGGCCGUGUGCCGACGGGCAGGAUGUGGAUCCCUGCAAGGAGGCCGGCUACCGUGCCCGCAAGGAGGCCAACGCCCGCUGCAAGGUGCUGAAGUCGGGGGCAUUCGAGCCCUGCCACCCCCUGGUGCCCCCGGAGCCCUUCUUCGCCGCCUGCGUCUACGACCUGUGCGCCUGCGGGGCCGGCGCCGACCAGUGCCUGUGCGACGCGCUGGAGGCCUACGCCGCCCUGUGCCGCCGGGCCGGGCUGGCUCUGCGCUGGCGCUCGCCCACGCUCUGCGCCGUCGGCUGCCCCCAGGACCGGGGCUACGUGUUUGACGAGUGCGGCCCGCCCUGCCCCAAGACGUGUUACAACAAGGACGCACCGCUGGGGGCCAUCGAGUCGCGCUGCUUCACGCCCUGCGUGCCCGGGUGCCAGUGCCCCGCCGGGCGGGUGGAGCACGAGUCCCACUGCAUCCUGCCCGAGGCCUGUCCCCAGGUCGUCUACGGCAACCUCUGAGCCCCCGGAGCCCCUGCCCCCGGGACGCCCGCGCCAUCCGCCAUGGCCCCAGGCCCGGCCACCCUCCCUCUCUCUGCCCCUGUGACCCCGACGCCCUCCUCCAUGGCCCCAGGCCCGACCACCCUCCCUGCCACAGCCCCCAGGACCCCCACACCCUCCGCCAUGGCCCCAGGCCCGGCCACCCUCCCUGCCACAGCCCCCGGGACGCCCGUGCCAUCCGCCAUGGCCCCGGGCCCGGCCACCCUCCCUCUCUCUGCCCCUGGAACCCCGACGCCCUCCGCCAUGGCCCCGGGCCCGGCCACCCUCCCUGCCACAGCCCCCGGGACCCCCACACACUUCGCCAUGGACCCGGGACCGGUCACCCUCCCUGCCACAGCCCCCGGGACCCCCACGCCCUCCACCAUGUCCCCAGGCCCGGCCACCCUCCCUGCCACAGCCCCCGGGACCCCCACGCCCUCCACCAUGUCCCCAGGCCCGGCCACCCUCCCUGCCACAGCCCCCGGGACCCCCACGCCCUCCGCCAUGGCCCCAGGCCCGGCCACCCUCCCUGCCACAGCCCCCGGGACCCCCACACCCUCCGCCAUGGCCCCAGGCCCGGCCACCCUCCCUCCGACAGCCAGAGGGACCCCCGCGCCCUCCCCCAUGGCCCCGGACCCGGCCACCCUCCCUCGCUCCGCCCCUGUGACCCCCCACGCCCUCCACCAUGGCCCCAGGCCCAGCCACAUUCCCAGUUGGUGCCCUAGAUGUGACCCCUGCAGUACCCGUGUGGGGCCCGCAGCGAGCCCCGCACCUCCAAUAAACCCCCCCACCCACAGGGAGGAGGCAAGGGCCUGCCACCCCCUUGUCCCCCCAUUUUCCCCUGGGAUUCCACCCCAGGCUGCCCCAGCCAGGCUCAGAGACGCCUUGAGGGGCAGGAAAUGCCAGGCGCUGCUGCCCCCCCAGUGGCUCUGUGUGGGGCAGGUCUGGCACCCCCUCCCCGUCUUCGUACCCAGGCCGUGCUCUGUGCCCAUGGAGGUGGCUGUAGUACGGGAGGGGCAGGGUGCCAGGCUGGGAGGGCACUGCACCCACACGUCCACUGCAAUGGCUUCCGGGCCCUCUCCUCAACCCAGCGGCACAGAGUGGGGAGCCCGGUCUCCUGGGUUCUAUCUCCGACGCCCCCUGGGGUAACAGUGCCCUGGCACUAUUGUUGCUGGGCACGCAGGCUGGCAUGGAGUCCCCCCAUCUGGAUCCACCCUGCCCAGCACCCAAUGGCUGAGCUGUGUGCCGGGGGGCAACGUGGGUGCCAUGAGCCAGUCACACGGGUGCUGAGUCCUGGCACAGAUGGGCUGGCCGUCCCUCUGGCCUUGGGGCAAGGCACCAGGGGCGGUGCCCCCUUUGGCUGGACGCGGGCAGGUGUAUUUAUUAGUGUGGUGGGGGCUGAGCCAGGCCUCACCCGCCCCCGUGCCCACGGCAAUAAAAGUGGUAACCACGG